GCCCUCUCCACGGUCUCGUUUGUUCCAAGCCCUGCGAGGUUCCCUUAUUAUCAGUCUUUCCAGCCUCCGUUCACUUAAUUCUUACAUUUACAAUCUGCUAGAAACAUGCCUUUGCAGAAACUACCCCCCAGCGGGCCUCAGUCAGUGAGCACCUCAACCGGCCAGCGUCCUCAGCUACAAGACCGACGCCGAACCCUACAGACAAUCAGCGAGCUUUCGACGAAUGAUGGAGGCCUGCCGGACUUUGUAUCCUCGAUUGGCAUUGGACACAUCAGGCGCCUAGGACAUGACACCACUCCUGGUGUCGGUCGAACUACGCCCAAACCCGUCAAACGACAGAGUCUCCCUCAGCACCAUUCGAGUCUUAAUAUUCACGUUCCACGACCGUCGAUCACUGUCACGCCCGCAUAUGGACACGAAGUUCGAAAUUCGCGGUUGUCACAGGGCAGGAGGCCCAUGCCAAUAACGACUGAUCAAGUCGAGGGUUGGAACGCGAAGAGGGAACGAGCAAGAAUGCAACACGAGGUGGCAAUUAUAGAAGCAAGGGUACGGCAAAGCAUGUCAGAUCAAGGGGCCGAAAUUGCAACUUCGCCAGUUCGGCCGGGUGCAAGCUCACGUCCGACGUCUAUAAAACACGCUCACAGCAUGCAAACACUGCUGGAAAAGCGCAAUUCCGGCAGCGAGCGGCACACGAGCCUAGUAAGCACCAUCAAUAACGCUAGCCAGUUCGACACGCGACCCGAAGCUUCCGAGCGUGCAAGCACAGACUCAAGCUCGUAUCAAUCUCGUGAUAGCGCCAUCAACCGAUCGAGAUCAGGUUCUUCCAGCACAUCGUACGCUUCGCAGGAUGCGCCUCCAUUGCCUCAUGGCUCAACUGCAGCCAUGAAAGGGUAUUGUGCAGAACUCAUCUUGCAAAAUCAAAACCUCGUCUCUUUUGGGGAAUCUGCCAGAUCAAAGAACUUGAAUCCUAAUAGAUCGAGUCGCACGCACUCGUUGACCAGCGAUGGAUUAAAGCAUACGAGCGUGCCACACCAUCGCUACAUGACAGCUCCGGAUCUGCGUCACCCUUUGACACAACAGUCACGGCUGAUCAGCGCCCAAAGAGCGCGAAAUCAAGCUUUGGCAGCGCUUACAGCCGCGAACAAUCAUAUGCGACCAACCCGAGAGAACCCAUAUUCAUCGUCUCAAUACAGCUCGCCGCACCAGGAUCGCCAUGCAAGUCUGACGUCUCACCCACCAGAUGUCUCUGCGCACCGGAAGUCUGCUUCGCCACACCGCAACUCACUGCGCUAUCAAGCCCAACUUGAAACGCAGCGACGGAUUACGUCACCAUCACCAGCCCGCUUUUCUCACAACAAAGACCGCGGCUCCCUUCAUCGGCACUCAGAUGUGACGCGCAAAGUCAGCUUCGAGACCCGCACUGUGCCUAAGCGGGAGAGUCUCACGCAGUGGAAGAAGGAACGAGAAGAAGCAAAACCCUAUUCGCACAUGGACCACAAAGCAAGGAUCCAGGAGCGUGUCAGGCGUGCGAAUGAGCUUGAACAAGAGAGGGAGAAGGAGCUGGUCUCGAUGGGAAAGCGCCAAGCCAAGUCUGAGAGCAGAAGCUGCUUUGGAGGCUUGUUUGCUGUGCUGAGAGGCAAAAGCACGUGAGGCAAUACUCCAUGAACCAGCGAUAUUUUCGAGGCGUUAUCAGCUAUACGCCGCAUUCUUUUUGCUUUUUGUGGCAACGGUGGACUUGUGGAUUCAAGCUGCCG